UAUAUUCUAUCUAUCCAAUCCAGUCCAGUAUAGUAUCCAACCAACCAUCCAUCCAUUCGGACGGUUGGAGAUUUUGGUUGAAGGGGGUGGGGUGGGUUAGACUUGAGAAGGAAGGAAGGAUCCAAUCCGAUCCAAUCCAUAAAAAAUGUCUUCGGCGGCGGCAAUCUUUAUUUCAACUCCAAACAACCACCACCACUCCCUUCUUCUCAGUUCCAGAAGCUCUUCCGUCAUCGGCCAGAUCUGCGUCGGAUUUCGAUACCCACUUCCACAUGGGACCCACAGCAACAACAACAACAACAACAAGAGGACUUCAUCUUCUUCUUCUUCUUCAAUCUUCAAACCCUUUUCCCCUGUCAUGGAAUGGCAGGAUUGCACGAUUAAGAUGGAUAUAGACGUCCCUGCUUCAGUUGCCUAUAAUUGUUAUUCUGAUCGUGAAGCCAUUCCCCGCUGGAUGCCCUUCAUUUCAUCUGUAAAGAUUUUAGAAGAUAAGCCUGACCUAUCACAAUGGUCACUAAAGUAUGAAGCAUUUGGCCGUGAUAUUGAAUUCUCUUGGCUUGCGCGAAAUAUGCAGCCCAUCCCCAAUCAGAAGAUCCACUGGAGAUCUCUUGAUGGUCUCCCUAACAGAGGAGUUGCACGAUUUUUUCCGAAAGGUCCUUCAUCAUGCGUUGUAGAACUAACUGUCUCAUAUGAAGUUCCUCAAAUCUUGGUUCCAGUGGCAUCAGCACUACGACCUUUUCUUGAGAGCUUACUCGCAAGGGGUUUAGAAAGAUUCAAAGAGUUGGUAAAAAGCUACUCUACAGACUGAACCCCCAGGUGAUGUGAUGUCUCUAUACUGUGAGACUUGGGUGGUAUGUGUAUUAAGGCAGAACAUUCUCUCUUUAGGAAGAAUGUUUGAUCAUGUUCAAUUGUAAUGAAUCUAUAUAUUGUAAAAGAGAAACUAAGAGGUCUCGAUUUUUUCAUCCAUUGAAGCUAUGGAAUGCUUUCUGUUUGUUUAUGAGGGUCCUGUAGUUUAUGAAAGUUAAAAAAGCAAAGGAAAAGUGCCUAUUAUUUGGAACAACAA